UUUUGCAACGGAAUAGUCUACGAUUUUAUCAAGCUCGCAGGACGGCUGCCAUGGCGGCUGAUCGGAUAAUGGAAGGUCAACCACGGCAGCGGCCUCCUUAGGGAUGACCGCGAAAACCCUUUUCAUUAUUUAAAAGUGUUCUCAGCUCCUUCAGUCGUCUGCAUUCUCCUCAUCUCUUUUUUCAGCGUUUGCCUAUAGCAAGCCAAGGUGAAGUAAAACGUUUUUGAGUCAUGGACUCUUUGAAAUCACUUUCAAUGACCCAAGCUGCACUUUCUUGGGUGUCAAAGACUGGUGCUUUUGUCCCCACACCUUCAACUAUUCGUAAUUCUAUUUCCAAAGAUCCGAAAUCCCAAUUUCCUGCAGAGUCUGGAAGGUACCAUCUUUAUAUUUCUUAUGCAUGUCCCUGGGCAUCUAGAUGCCUAGCAUUUUUGAAACUCAAAGGACUUCAAAAGGCCAUCAGUUACACGGUAGUCAAACCAAUAUUCGAAAGGACCAAAGAGACUGAUCAACAUUUUGGAUGGGUCUUUCCUUCUUCUAGCACAGAAGAAGCUGGGGCUGAACCUGAUCAUCUGAAUGGAGCCAAGAGUGUUAGGGAACUUUAUGAGCUUGGAAGCUCAAAUUAUUCUGGAAGAUAUUCUGUCCCGGUUCUCUGGGAUAAAAAACUCAAAAUAAUUGUAAAUAAUGAGAGUUCAGAAAUAAUUCGCAUGUUAAACACCGAGUUCAAUGAAAUGGCUGAAAACGCUGAUAUGGACUUGUACCCUUCUCACCUACGAGCACGAAUUGAUGAUGUCAAUGAAUGGGUUUUUGAUGCAAUAAACUAUGGUGUUUAUAAGUGUGGGUUUGCUAUAAAACAAGGGCCUUAUGAUGAGGCUGUGACCAAGUUAUAUAAUUCCUUGGACAAAUGUGAGGAGAUAUUUGCCAAGCAACGUUAUAUUUGUGGGAAUGAACUCACAGAAGCUGAUGUUCGUCUUUUCGUAACUUUGAUAAGGUUUGAUGAGGUUUAUUCGGUUCAUUUCAAAUGUAAUAAGAAACUCCUACGUGAAUAUCCAAAUCUGUUCAAUUACACCAAAGACAUAUAUCAAAUACCAGGCAUCAGCAGCACAGUUAACAUGGAACAUAUUAAGAAGCACUACUAUGGAAGCCAUCCUAGUGUUAAUCCGCACGGAAUCAUUCCAAUUGGCUCCAACACAAAUUAUUUUGCUCCUCAUGAUAGAGAUAGGUUUAAUAAUUAACUUUGUUUGAAUUACCAUAGCUUGGGUUGAUAAAUCUCGUCAAAAAACGAGAUAAGAAGGUCCUUGUUAUAUGUUCAAUCUGCCUUGUACUCAAAUCAACUUGUUCUGGCUGAGCGCAAAAGCACUCAUAUGUUUGAGCAGCAUACUUUUUUAUGCGAUGUAAUGCUUGUUGUGACAGAUAAUUGUAAUAAAUCGGUGAUAUAUUUGUCUUUUUUUUUUUCCCCUACUACUAAAACAAUUGCUGUU